GUUCUCAUUAGAGAAGUGCCAUAUUGGUCGAAGAAAUGUGUUAUGCUUGUCUUACAUCAAAGAGAGGCACAGAUGGAACAGUCGUGUGCUUUUGUAUGUACGGUCUAAGAAGGAAACAGCAAUGAAAAUCAUCUUUACACAUUUAUAAAAGUGCAAAAAGAGGGUGUGGACACAAAUGCCACAGCAAAAUCAUUAUGUUUAGAAGAGUGUUCCUGGUUUGCUUGACAUUAUCGUAUGCAAAUAGUACUUUAGUUUUUGAAGACACAAAUGGUUAUCUGGAAAACUCACUAAAGAGCAACAACAAACCGGGUCGUGUUAAAAGAGAAUGGAUAUGGAAUCGGAUGACUGUGCCUGAAAAUUCACAUGUACUUCCAAAUUGUAUUGGCAAAAUAAAAUCAACUGCAGCAGAUAAUUCACAGUCAGUAAUAUACAAAAUAACAGGAGAAGGUGCGGAUACGCUUUUCCAAGUUAAUGAAACUGCAGGUGAUAUAUACGUAAUAAAAACACUGAACCGUGAAGAAAAAUCACAAUACAACCUGACUGCUAAAGUCUUGGAUAAGAAGACUGGAAAAGAGUUGGAUAAAUCUUCAGCGUUUGUUAUUCUAGUCUCCGAUGUCAAUGACAAUGCACCUGUUUUCUCACAAACUGUAUAUCAAGCAACAAUCCCUGAAAAUUCUCCAAAAGGAAAAUCUGUCAUUCAGGUGUCAGCAAAAGAUGCAGAUGACCCAACAGUCUGGACACAUGCGAAAAUUGAAUACCAUUUAUAUAAUGGCAGUGAAUAUUUUCAGAUUCACCCAGAAACAGGACGGAUUGACACAAAGCCAUAUACUUUUGAUAGAGAAAAAACUCCAAGUUACAUAAUUAUUGUUGAAGCAAGAGACCAAGCGGGUUCUGCCACAGGAUACUUAUCAAGCAAAGCCACUGUUAUAAUUUCCUUAAGUGAUGUUAAUGACAACCAACCAGCAUUUGUUAACGAUUCAUUUACCUGCACAAUAGAAGAAAGUAUUCCAGCUGGGUCUGAGAUUUGUAGAGUAACAGCUGUGGACCCAGAUGAGCCACAAAAUGCCAACACUGCAUACAGAUUUGCCCAAGAUAACAUGGAUAGUACAUUCAGCAUCAAGACAGACCCAGAAACAAAACAAGGAAUAAUUACAACUAAAAAGCCAUUGGAUUAUGAAAAACAAAAAGAAUACAGAUUCAGCGUAAAUGCAAAGGAUUCAGCGUUGCCACCACAAUAUCCCGAAUCACCAAGCAGUAGAGCGAGAGUCACUGUUUUCGUUAAAGAUGUGGAUGAGCCACCUGUUUUCCAACCACCUUUUAUUUUCCAAGUGUCUGAGAAUGCUUCUCUUGGAGGAGUUGGUGCAGUGAAAGCAAAAGAUCCUGAUAUGCCACAGAAAUCUAUCAAGUAUUCCAUAAAAAGCACCCAUGGCACUGGAGAUUUUUUUUCCAUAACACAGGAUGGAACAAUUGUACUUUCAAAGACACUUGACAGAGAGACACAUACCUGGCAUAAUAUAACUGUACUGGCAAAAGAGUAUGACAACACCAAUAUAUAUGGAAAGACAGGCAGCAGCAUGAUUGCUAUUAAUGUUCUCGACAUAAAUGACAAUGCUCCAGAAUUUGCAUACAAGUAUGAGCCUUUUGUUUGUGAAAAUGAUCAACCGGGAAAGUUAAUCCAAAUAAUCUCAGCUGUUGACAAAGAUGAGUUAAUACCUGGCACCAGUUUUACCUUCCGUUUACAUCAUGAUGAAAAUAAUUUCACACUGCAGAAUAAUUACGAUAUGACAGCAAACAUUACACUUCAACAAGCAGCCUUUAAAAGGGAAACUCUAGAAGAAUAUCUUCUCCCAAUUAUCAUCUCAGAUAAUGGGAAUCCACCAUUAAGCAGUACAAAUACUUUGACUAUCAAGGUGUGCAAAUGUAACGCUGAAGGAGGCUGUGAUAAUUUUCUGGCACUGCGCACUGGAGUCGGCAUUCAAGCACUGAUUGCUAUUCUUCUAUGCCUCCUUACAAUCAUAGUAAUUGUGCUGCUGCUUGCCUUGUAUCGAAGACGCAGAAAACAUGCUGUAGAUGAUCUUGGAAAAAGUACAGCAGAACUCUUUGAUGAGUAUGUUAGAUAUGAUGAAGAAGGUGGUGGAGAAAUGGACACAAAUAGCUAUGAUGUUUCUGUUUUAAAUUCUGUACGCAGGAAUGGUUUGAGACCCAUGAAGGGGGCACAGCCAGACAUUAGCCUAUAUUCCGAAGUUCAGAAGCCUUCUGGCAAUGCAGAUAUGGCACUAAUGAUUGAAAUAAAGAAGGAUGAGGCUGAUUAUGACAAAGAUGGCCUGCCCUAUGAUACCCUUCACAUAUAUGAUUUUGAAGGUUCAGACUCGGUUGCUGAGUCAUUAAGUUCUCUGCAAACAUGGUCUUCAGACUCUGACCAAGAUUAUGAUUUCUUAAAUGACUGGGGGCCUAGAUUUACAAUGUUAGCAGAGCUCUAUGGAUCACAGCCACUGAAAGAUCAUCCUCUGUGUUAGACAUAGAAAAUUUUCAGAGUCCAAACUGUUCCAUGUGUAUUGCACAUGUAACUUACUCAGAAACUAAGUACAUGUAUAGACUGAGUUUGGCUGUUGGUUCUGUGAAAUAGGAUAUACAUUUUGUAUUUCAAAAAAAAAAAAAAAAAAAGAAAUCAAACUUUGUUUUAUGAUUGCCUGUCAAAUGCUGUCACUGCAACAGUUUUUUUUUUGCAAUAAAUUGUUUUUCUCCUUA